CCAAAGGAGGCCUCAGGACACGCGGAGCAAGGACUGCCUACAAGCGCGCUUCCCAUACUGAGCUAUAUAGUCAUCGCGCGACCUCCGACCAGCGACACAGCAAUGCCCAGCCAACCGCCCCUCCCUCCGCUCCUCACACCCUACGUCUCGUCCCUACCCCCCUCCUCUCUCACCCUCCUCUCCUCCGUCCUCGGCGCAACAGGGAACUGGCUUGUUCUACGAUUCCUACAUGCGGCGCUGAGUGCACCAUCCACCCCCGACUCCGCAUUCAGCUUCGGCGAAGGCAAAAAUGGAAAGAAGCAAAAAGUGGUGCUCGUGAGUUUCCUGCGGGGUUGGGAAUUCUGGCGCUCGGAAGCAAAAAGAUUGGGCUUGGAUCUUGCCCGUCUCACCGAUAAACGCCAAUUCGCCUUCGUCGACGGCUUGUCCGAACUCUUCUCCGCCCCGACGACGCCAACAACCACCACCACCACCAUCACGCAGACCCCUCCUCCCUCCCAACCCUCACUCCGCGGUGGCCCUAUCCCCCAGCGGACAGUCCUCCCUGCCCGAUCUGCACCAGGUCCAAUUCCGGCACGAGGACCGCAACUCGCACCACGACCUGCGGCCACGGCCCCAGCGCCGUCAGUUCCAUCGGCCCCGCGAGAGAUCGGUCCAGUCAAGCGCCUGCACUGGUCCGGCAAUGGAGCGACAGCCCUUGAGAAGCUCGAGAAGGAUAUCGCGGACGUGGUGGAGCAACUGUGGGCGACGGCUGCCACGACGGAGGGAGGGGAAGAGUCGGAGGUGUUGUUGAUCCUCGACGCACCGGACCUGCUCCUGGCUGCGACGGGUCCCAACAAGGGUGUGGGAGCUACCGAGAUGAGCGACUGGGUGAUGGGCUUACAGCAGUACGUCCAUGCCACCGUCAUGACACUCGCAGCGGACUCGCCGCUGAUACACAACACUUCGGCGUUCGGGCAUCAGAUGGCCACUCCGCUCGAGACUGAACAUGCCGCGUUUGCGAUCGGUUCGGCCCACCGGGCGCACAUGGUGAUGCAGUUGCGGAAUCUGGAGACGGGUGCUGCGCGGGAUGUGAGUGGGGUGCUGAGGGUGAGUAAGGGAGGCGCGUGGGGGCAGAGGGAUAACGCCGAUGAAGACGGCGUGUGGGAAGAGAGAGAAGUCUUGUACUUUAUCCAGCGGGAUGGUGGGGUCAGCGUCUUUGGACGGGGAGAGUAGAUCGGUGCCCCUGGGACUAUAGUAAGGCAUCAGUGCAAAGCAAAGUAUUGAUUGCGGGCGU